ACCAUUUUUCUUCCCCAACUCCUUUUAAAAACCCCUCCUCCUUUUAUCUCCUCAUAACAUUUCUAACUUUUCUAUAUAUCUCAUUCACUUCACACCCAUCAUCUCAACCUCACAUCCCAUUUUCUUAUGAUCAUGGGAGCUUUUCACCAUUUCAAACCAAUCUCAAAAUGCAACAAGACCCAAGAUAGAUCAAACCAAACCGUGGCAUCCGACUUAGAUGGCACGCUUCUUAUAUCUCGAAGCGCUUUCCCUUACUACAUGCUUGUUGCUACCGAAGCCGGUAGUUUCCUAAGAGGAAUCAUCCUCUUAAUCUCCGUCCCUUUCGUCUACUUCACGUACCUUUUCAUCUCUGAAACCAUUGCCAUCAAAACAUUGAUCUUCAUAACCUUUGCAGGUCUAAAGAUCAAUGACGUUGAAAUGGUUUCAAGGUCGGUGUUGCCAAGGUUCUAUGCUGAGGACGUGCGUCCUGAGACAUGGAAUGUGUUCAAUUCUUUUGGUAAGCGUUACGUUAUCACGGCUAGUCCGAGGUUGAUGGUGGAGCCAUUUGUUAAGAAUUUGUUGGGAGGUGAUAAAGUGAUUGGAACUGAACUUGAGGUGACAAAAAGAGGGUGGUUGACUGGGUUUGUUAUGGAACCUGGAGUUCUUGUUGGGGAGCUCAAGAAAGAAGCUGUUGUCAGAGAGUUUGAGUCUAAUUUGCCUGAUUUGGGACUGGGAGAUAGUGAAAGUGAUCAUGACUUUAUGUCAAUUUGCAAGGAAGGUUAUAUGGUUCCAAGAAUUAAAUGUGAUCCUCUACCAAGAACUAAACUUUUAAGCCCCAUUAUUUUCCAUGAGGGUAGAUUUGUUCAAAGACCAACACCAAUUAUUGCCCUAUUGACAUUCCUAUGGUUACCAAUUGGCAUAAUACUUUCCAUCUUAAGGGUAUACCUUAAUAUCCCAUUACCUGAAAAAAUUGCUUGGUAUAAUUAUAAACUACUAGGAAUCAAAGUAAUUGUUAAGGGUACCCCUCCACCAGCACCCAAAAAAGGACAAAAAGGUGUACUAUUAGUUUGUAACCACCGCACAAUUUUGGACCCUGUGGUUACAGCAGUUGCAUUAGGGAGAAAAAUUAGUUGUGUCACAUAUAGUAUAAGUAAAUUCAGUGAAAUAAUUUCACCAAUUAAAGCUGUGGCACUAUCAAGGGAAAGAGAAAAAGAUGCGGCAAAUAUAAUGAAAUUACUUGAAGAAGGCGAUUUAGUGAUUUGUCCAGAAGGAACGACUUGUAGGGAGCCGUUUCUUCUAAGAUUCAGCGCACUAUUUGCUGAAUUAACUGAUAGGAUUGUACCGGUCGCAAUUAACACAAAACAAAGUGUGUUUCAUGGUACAACGGUUCGCGGAUUUAAAGUGUUGGAUCCUUAUUUCGUGUUCAUGAAUCCGGUUCCUACUUAUGAAAUCACUUUCUUGAAUCAAAUUCCUAAAGAACUUACAUGUAGUGGUGGAAAACCUGCUAUUGAAGUUGCUAAUUAUAUUCAAAGGGUUCUUGCAGGAACACUUGGAUUUGAGUGUACCAAUUUGACAAGAAAAGAUAAGUAUGCUAUGCUUGCUGGUACUGAUGGAAGAGUUGCAUCUAAGAAGGAAAAAGCUUGAAGUAGAAAAAAGGGACAAAGUUUUUUUCCCUUUUGAUUGAUUUCUAUAUAGCUACCAAAUUAUGUUUUGAAAUGUUUAGAUUUUUAUGAUAGUAAUAAAAACUUAUUCUUAUGAUGCCA